AGGCCCAACACACUUCUGAUUCUCACAGACUCAGGAAGAAAGACAUCAUCAUGGUGCUCUCCCCGGACGACAAAACCAACAUCAAGACCGCCUGGAGCAAGAUUGGCGGCCAUGGUGCUGAGUAUGGCGCGGAGGCCCUAGAGAGGAUGUUCGUUAGCUUCCCCACCACCAAGACCUACUUCCCUCACUUUGAUGUAAGCCACGGCUCCACCCAGGUCAAGGGCCAUGGCAAGAAGGUCGCUGACGCGCUGGCCACCGCCGCAAGCCACCUCGAUGACCUGCCCGGUGCCCUGUCCACUCUGAGCGACCUGCACGCCCACAAGCUGCGUGUGGACCCCGUCAACUUCAAGCUCCUGAGCCACUGCCUGCUGGUGACCCUGGCCUGCCACCACCCUACUGAUUUCAGCCCCGCGAUGCACGCCUCUCUGGACAAAUUCUUUGCCUCCGUGAGCACCGUGCUGACCUCCAAGUACCGUUAAGCUGGAGUCUCUGGGCUGCCUCCUGCCCGGCUGGCUUGCCCUCCACCCGGGCCAGCCUCCCUCCCUCGCACCUGUACCUCUUGGUCUUUGAAUAAAGCCUGAGUAGGAAGAA